AUGGAAGAAGCAGUAACAACAGAUAAACAAGGAAUAAUGUCAAUUCUUGGAUCAGACACUGAUCAAAGAAGCAUUAAAGCUGCAGCUUCUAUUAGAAGAACUCUUUCAGCUGAUAUGUCAUCCAAGAAAUGGCUUUCUAAAAAUGGUUUUUUCUCUUCAAUGAAGAAAAUUGCUUCCUCUGAAGAGCUAGUUGCUCUUUCCUCUGCUGCUCAUAAUUGUGAUUCUUCUUCUUCAGAUGGAGAACAUGAUCAUGACGAACAACUCAACAAAGAUCAGCCAAUUACAAAAUUUGAUUGGAGUUCAAUUCUAUCUUCAAAAAAUGAAGAAGCUGACUCAUCUAAGAUUCCAUCACCUUAUAUUCAUCCUCUUGUUAAAAGAUCAGGCAGUUCUUUGAGUAAGAAAAGUCUUGAAAUUUGUACUGAGAGUCUUGGAUCAGAGACUGGCUCUGAUUGCUUUUCCUCUUCCCCUCCUAAAAAUGGAGACUUAGAAAAUAACAAAGAUGAUCAACAACAACAACAACAACAUUCCUCUGUCUCACAAUCUUUUGAGGAUAUUCCAGUUGUAAAAUAUAACUAUAGGAAAAACCUAUCUUCUCCUAGAUCUUUUCCUCCUCCUCUUCCUUCUGUUCACAUGCAAUCAUCCAGACAAAAUGGUAGACUGAUUCUUGAAGCAGUUUCUGUUCCAACUAUGAACUAUUUCCAUGCCCAACGUGUUGAUGGCCGCCUUCGUCUCACCUACAUCAAUCAAAAUGAUUCUGCAGCAGAUCAGCCAGAGCUAGAAAUGGCGGAUAUUGAUGAUCAAGUUGAAGAGUUUGAGCAAGUGUUUGACAAUAUUAGUGUGAUGGAAAAAAGUUCAAGAUUGUCAAAUGAGGUGAUAAAUGUGAACAAAUCAUCAGCCCUGAUGAUGUUAGAGAAAAAAAAUCAACUAACGUGGUCUAAAUGUGUUAGUUUCAGCGUGACACCUGGUUAUUUCGAUCUUAACAACAAGUUCAACAACUCACUAAACUCGAUGAUGAAACAUGAGGUGAAAGAUAGUAUUUUUAGAGAAUGCUACACUUGUCCUUCAACGAUUAAUCAGUCACCACCACCACCGGCAGCUGCAGUCUCUUUAAAUGCAUACGAUUACUUUUGGAGGAAGAAGCCAACAGUGGCAAACAUUGUGAAUAAUUCCACUACUGCAGACCAAUGCAGCAAGAACAACUACUAUAAGCAAUUUGUAGCAGUAGCAGCAGCCAAUGGUACUGAUCUCAAAGCCAGUGGUACCACAAAGAUAGCAGCAUAUGAGCAGCAGCAGAACUUGGUGCUAAUUAGAGGGAACAAGACAUCUAUGAACAAUUUGGUGCCUUUGUUGAGAAGUUGCAAAGAGCCAAAGAGAUCACUAAUAAUUUGGGAGCCUUACUGCAUUGCCACCUCCUAA